AUGUUGCGCCAGCUCCUUCCCGCCCUCCUCACUGCACUCCCCGCAUUCUCUGCCUCUGCAGCGGAUUGGCAGCAGCGGUCCAUCUACCAGCUCGUCACGGACAGAUUCGCCACCACCAAUGGCUCCUAUCCUUCUUGCGAUACCGAAGACCGAGUCUACUGCGGCGGGACUUGGCAAGGGGUUAUUAGACAGCUCGAUUACAUCCAGAACAUGGGGUUUGACGCUAUCUGGAUCUCUCCCAUUGUGGCAAACUUAGAAGGCAGCACCGGCGAUGGUGAAUCAUAUCAUGGAUACUGGACUGUGGACCAAAAUUCCCUUAAUAGCCACUUCGGCAACGAAUCUGACCUUCUCGAGCUCAGCUCUCAGCUGCACUCGCGCGGGAUGUACCUCAUGCUCGACGUUGUGGUGAACCACAUGGCCGCGGACACGCUGCCUCCGGACUAUGUGCUUUUCGCGCCAUUCAACGCCGAGUCAGAUUUCCACACCUUCUGCUGGAUCACUAACUACAACAACCAGACGAAUGUCGAGCAGUGCUGGCUCGGCGACGACAACGUGCCGCUUGCGGACUGUGAUACCGAGAGCGACUACGUCAUCGACUUCUUCUACAAGUGGAUCGGCGACCUCGUCGCAAACUACAGCGCGGAUGGCCUGCGCAUCGAUACUGUGAAGCAUGUGCGCUCGGAUUUCUGGCCUGGGUUUGCAGAGGCUGCAGGUGUGUUUACGAUUGGCGAAGUAUUAGACGGCGACGUUGACUACGUCAGUACCUACACCGAGGUGCUAGACGCUGUCCUCGACUAUCCGACGUACUACCAGCUAUUUUAUGCGUUCGAAUCCACCAGCGGCUCGCUCUCGAAUCUCGUGUCCUGGGUGCAACAGUCCCAGUCGACGUACAAAAACGGCGAGUUCAUGACCGGCUCGUUCCUCGAGAACCAGGACAACCCGCGAUUCCAGUCCGUCCAGACUGACCAGGCGCUCGUGUCGAACGCGAUCUCUUGGCCAUUCAUUCAGGACGGCAUCCCUAUUUUGUACUACGGCCAAGAACAAGGGUACACGGGUAGCAACGACCCUUAUAAUCGAGAAGCUCUCUGGCUCUCCGGCUACGUCGAGGACAAACCGCUCGUCAAGCUUGUCCGUACUCUCAACGCCGCGCGCAAGGCUGCUAUUGCUGCCAGCAGCGACUACCUCUCCACUGUGUUGACGUUCCCGUCCGUUACGAGCUCGACGCUUGCGGUGUACAAACAGCCUAUGCUCGCGCUGCUGACGAACGGCGGAAGCAGCUCAACGCCCUCGUGGAGUGUCUCGUCGACGGACUACUCCAACGGCGAGGAACUCAUCAAUGUCCUGACAUGCGACACACUCACUGCGGGCUCUAAUGGGGCGGUGAGCGUGACUGGCUCUGAGGGCAUGCCGCAGAUACUCUUGCCAACGAGCGUGUUCAACGUGACGUACUGCAACGAACUGCUCAGUACAUAUUGA